AUGCAGAUGCAGAUGCAGCAGCAGGAGCGGCGGCAGAAGGUGCAGCAGCAGCAAACUCAGAGACGCUAUCUGUGCUAUUCUAGAGUAACAGCAGCAGCAGCAGCAGCAGCUGCUGCUGCUGCGGCAGAUGCGGCAGCAGAUGCAGAUGCAGAUGCAGCAGCAGCAGCAGCAGCAGGUGCGGCGGCAGAAGCAGCAGCAGCAGCUACUGCAGCAGCAGCAGCAGCAAAAGAAAUAUCUGCAGCAGCAGCAGCAGCAGCAGCAGCAGCAAAAGCAAUAUCCGCUGCAGCAGCAGCAACGCCUAGUAAGGAGCAGCAGCAGCAGCAGCAGCAGCAGCAAAAGCAAUAUCCGCUGCAGCAGCAGCAACGCCUACAGCUGCUGCAGCAGCAGCAGCAGCUGAUGCAGCGACAGCAGCAACAAAAGCUGCAGCAACAGCUGCAGCAGCUGCAGCAGCAAGAGCUGCAGCAGCAGCACGAGCUGCAGCAACAGCAACAGCAGCAGCAGUUGCUGCUGAUUGAAGAGCAAACCCUGUACUUGGUGCAGCAGAAGCAACAGCAGCAACAGCAGCAGCAGCAGCAGCAGAGUGUAGAUAGAAGCGAGGAGACAGCAGCAGCAGGAGACAAAUAG